AUGGCCGCCAGUGUACCCAAAUAUCCACUGGGCUCUUCUCAAGAGCAUAUUGUAAUGUGUGAAUCCCAUGAUUUACCUAUCGAUAUGUUAUGUGAGGUUUGUGAUGAAUUUAUUUGUGGUAAAUGUGAUAAGACAGAGCAUGAAGAUCACGAAUGCAACACUCUACCUACUGCAGCUACCAAAAGGAGGAGAGGCUUGCUUAGAUUUUUGAUGAAGAUCAAGGAACGGGACCGUCCCAGAAUUGAUGAGGAGAUGGAGAAGGUGUCAAAACGGAUCGCAGCAAAUGAAGAACUGUGUGACACUGAGAUUGAAAAGCUUCAGAAGCAUGUUGAUGAGAUAAUUGCCAGGUUAAGAGAAAUAAGGAAAAAUAAUGAACAAAGACUGAUAGAUAAUUUGGAGGAAAAAAAUAAAAAGCUGAAUAGUGAGAAAUCUGAGCUAGACAAGAAGAAGAAAGAAAUAGAAGAGAUGGUAAAGUUUAUGGAGGAAAACAACAGUACCAUGUCUGAUUAUGGCUUCAUUGACAAUCACAGAGAACUGGAAGAACUGCUGUUUGACCUAAGCGUUGAUAUAGAGGACUGUAAACAUUCAGCGAGAUACAGUAAAGGAGAAAUUUGUAAUGAGGUGAUGGAGAAUUUGAUUGGAAAAAUUAUAGAUUUGAACAAUAUCAGUUUGACUGAAACAAACUCAUUUAAAUAUGGAAAUAAAGAAAUACGUUUAUUGAGUGCGUUAUGUGAAGAUCAGUGUUACAUAAAACAAUCAGGGUCAGAUAAGAUUGAACAAGUAAACAAGAAAGGCAAGAAAAUACAUAAAUAUAAUAUCAAAGCUGAUUAUAUGUGUGUGACUGAUACUGGUGAUGUUUAUUUUGCUGAUCGUUUGAAGAAAUCCAUCGGCCAUCUGUCACCACCAGGAUCUGUGUCUGAAGUCAUCAGUACAGAUCCACUGAUACCAAGAGGAAUCUGUCAGUCAGUGGACGGUGGACUACUGGUCACCUUGAUAGACGAAUCAUUACCUUACAGGUUAGAGCCACACAGCAGACGUUUGGUGAGACACAUCACAGUGACAGGUGAUGUCAUCCAUGAGUAUGAGUUCCAGGAGGACGGUCAUACCAGACUGUUUACAUUGCCAGGCAGAGUCACACAGAACAGUAACUGUGAUAUCUGUGUUGUAAACACUACACAUCUGACUACAAGUGUACUAGUGAUUAUGUCUUCCUCUGGUCGUAUGAAAUCUGUCUACCGUGGAGACAGCCCUUUCUUCCGUGAACUGAACCUAACAAAAGACUUUAAUCCAACUGAUGUAGUGUGUGACUCCCUCUGUAACAUCCUUGUUAAUGAAUUUAACAUCAAACAGAUUCAUCUACUGGGUCCUGACGGGGAGUUCCUGAAGUUUUUACAGACAGACAAUGAAUUGAACAGUCCAUACACUUUAUCACUCUAUAAGUCUACAUUGUGGGUCGGAUAUAAGGGAAUUGUCAAAGUGUUUCAGUAUAGAAUGUAA